AACAAGAAAACCUGGUUGGUCCUCCACUCCUGACAGCAAAACCAGCGUCAUAAAUCAGACCUAAAAAUAUAACCCACCAUCCAAAGACCAUCAAGCCCACCAACCACCCACCGCUACCUCCAAUUCCUACUAUCUCUGCCUCUCUCUCUCUCCGUUUAAAGCACCUUCACCUGCAUUUCUUCCCUUCAGACUUGAGACUUCUUAGUUCAGAGCUUCAGAAUUUAACAUUUCCUUCUUUAGAAAGAAGAGGCUUUGGUGGGUUUAGCCUUAGAUUGCUUGAUCUGCCUUGACCCCAUUUGUUAUCUGCUCCUCUUAUCUUCCUCCAAGAAAGAACAAAAAUAAUGGGUGGUGGUGAUGGUAAGAUCUACACUUUGGCAGAAGUUGCAGGGCACAACAAUUCCAAGGAUUGUUGGCUCAUUAUCGGCGGGAAGGUAUAUGAUGUAACAAAGUUCUUGGAGGACCAUCCUGGUGGUGAUGAGGUCUUGUUGUCAGCAACAGGGAAGGAUGCUACCGAUGAUUUUGAGGAUGUUGGUCACAGUACCAGUGCAAGAACGAUGAUGGAUGAAUACUAUGUUGGGGAGAUUGAUGUAUCGACCAUUCCCACCAAGACCAAGUACACACCUCCCAAGCAGCCCAACUACAACCAGGACAAAACCCCAGAGUUCAUUAUCAAGCUCCUCCAGUUCUUGGUUCCCCUUGCUAUCCUGGGGUUGGCCAUUGCCAUCCGCUUCUACACAAAAUCUGCAUAAUUGCUGAGAGUGCACCUUGGGACAGGACUAAGUUUGUGUUUGUGCUUAAAAACCGCAAUUAGUUUUCUUCUUUAUGCUUAUUGACAUUGCAACUCAGGGGUUAGUAGUGUAGUCAAACUUGCAUAAUGGUAACGUAUUUGUGUCCCAUUGCAAAAAAAACAGUUUACAAGACUCCUUUGCUGCCUUUAUGUUCUGAGAUCCUAUUCCCCUUUCUUCAGUUAUCUGUCUUCACAAAGUCUCAGACUGUAGUUAUAUUUUCCCUCAGUUUAGCAGAUAUGGAGGUCCAAUUUUUAUGUGAUGCGACCAAAAUUCUUCUAGUGCUUGAAUGACUGGAAUGUAGCCUGCCUUUAAUCACUUACUUUGUAGUACAUUUUAUUUUCAACAUUUUUUUUUGAUACCUAGGGUGUCCGGAUCUUUGACUUGACUAGUCUCCGGGGUCACUGUGAUACCGCCGCUUACAUAGGACUGGGUCAGUCUGAGAUGGAAGCUCUCAUGUGGUGGUCCCAAGAAGUUAGGUGCAACGAAGAAGGUUUGAUCAUGGGACCUCGCUUCUUGAGGCAGAGUACCAUGUCCCCUCCAAAGCCAAUUGUUAACCCCUUAUGGUUCAUUUUAUUUUCAACAUUUGUUGAAAAAAUAAAUAUUUUUUUGAAAA